UCUAACCUUUACGUCCUACCUCCCUGAUCUUCUUCAUUCAUAUAACAGAAAGCCUCUCUUUACCUCACUUCAUUACUCCCCUCUUCAUUCUCCUCUCUUUCUCGUCCCUUCUCGUUCGUGUCUCGAUGGAAGCAAGUGCCGGUCUUGUUGCCGGUUCUCAUAACCGCAAUGAACUCGUUGUCAUCCAUGGCCAUGAAGAGCCAAAACCAUUGAAGGAUUUGAGUGGCCAAGUUUGCGAGAUAUGUGGAGAUGAGAUCGGACUUACUGUCGAUGGAGACUUGUUCGUUGCUUGUAACGAGUGUGGUUUUCCGGUGUGUCGUCCUUGCUAUGAGUAUGAAAGAAGAGAAGGCAGCCAAAACUGUCCACAGUGCAAAACCAGAUAUAAGAGGCUUAAAGGAAGCCCGAGGGUGGAGGGCGAUGAAGAUGAAGAGGAUAUCGAUGAUAUCGAGCACGAGUUCAACAUGGAUGAUGAGCAUAACAAAAACAACGAGGUUGCUGAGGCCAUGCUUCACGGGAAAAUGAGCUAUGGACGCGGUCAUGAUGAUCAAGAAAACUCCCAUUUUCCUGCUGUAAUAUCCGGUCUUCGCUCUCGACAUGUGAGUGGAGAGUUUCCAAUAUCAGGCAAUAUGGGAGAGCAGAUGCCUUCUCUGCAUAAGCGUGUGCACCCAUACCCUACUUCUGAAACAGGAAGCCCGAGAUGGGAGGAUAGAAAAGAUGGAGGAUGGAAUGAAUGGAAACUACAGCAGGGAAAUCUGGGACCUGAUCAUGAUGAUUAUGCUGAUCCAGAAAGGGCCAUGCUUGAUGAAGCAAGGCAACCACUCUCCCGAAAAAUACCAAUUGCGUCCAGCAAGAUUAAUCCAUACCGUAUGCUGAUUGUUAUUAGGCUUUUUGUUCUGGCUGUUUUCCUUCGAUAUCGUAUCCUGAACCCUGUACAUGAUGCCAUUGGACUCUGGCUGACCUCUGUCAUUUGUGAGAUAUGGUUUGCGUUCUCGUGGAUCCUCGAUCAAUUUCCCAAAUGGUUUCCCAUUGAACGAGAAACAUACUUGGAUCGCCUUUCUCUCAGAUAUGAGCGAGAAGGUGAGCCAAAUAUGCUGGCACCUAUUGAUGUCUUUGUCAGUACAGUGGAUCCGAUGAAAGAACCUCCGCUUGUUACUGCCAAUACCGUCCUAUCGAUUUUAGCAAUGGACUACCCAGUUGAGAAGAUCUCAUGCUACAUUUCUGAUGAUGGAGCUUCAAUGCUUACUUUUGAAGCAUUAUCGGAAACUGCAGAAUUUGCCAGAAAAUGGGUUCCUUUCUGCAAGAAAUUUACCAUAGAACCUAGAGCCCCCGAGUUUUAUUUUUCUCAGAAAAUUGAUUACCUCAAGGACAAGGUCCAACCAACAUUUGUUAAAGAGCGGCGAUCCAUGAAGAGAGCAUACGAAGAGUUUAAGGUUCGAGUUAAUGCACUAGUGGCUAAAUCCUCAAAAGUUCCUCCAGAAGGCUGGAUCAUGCAAGAUGGAACACCAUGGCCGGGAAACAAUACCAGGGAUCACCCUGGUAUGAUUCAAGUAUUUCUCGGCCAUAGUGGAGGACAUGACACUGAAGGGAAUGAACUUCCUCGUUUGGUUUAUGUCUCUCGUGAAAAGAGGCCUGGUUUCCAGCAUCACAAGAAAGCCGGUGCAAUGAAUGCCCUGGUGCGAGUCUCUGCGGUUUUAACCAAUGCACCAUUCAUGUUGAAUUUAGAUUGUGACCACUACCUCAACAACAGCAAGGCAGUUCGGGAAGCAAUGUGUUUCCUGAUGGACCCACAAACCGGAAAGAAAGUUUGCUAUGUCCAAUUUCCUCAAAGAUUUGAUGGAAUUGACAGGCAUGAUCGAUAUGCCAAUAGAAAUACAGUAUUCUUUGAUAUUAACAUGAAAGGGCUGGAUGGAAUUCAAGGUCCUGUCUAUGUUGGGACAGGAUGUGUCUUCAGAAGGCAAGCCUUAUACGGGUAUGAACCUCCAAAGCGUCCAAAGCGACCGAAGAUGGUAAGCUGUGAUUGCUGCCCAUGUUUUGGUCGUCGCAAGAAGAACCAGAAGAAAGUUGGUGCAAAAGAAGAUGUUAGCAUAGACCUUCAAGGUUAUGAGGAGGACCAGGAACUCUUAACAUUCCAAAUGAAUUUCGAAAAGAAAUUUGGUCAGUCGGCAAUUUUUGUCACUUCAACAUUGAUGAUUGACGGAGGUGUUCCUCCCUCCUCAAGUCCAGCGGCAUUGCUGAAGGAAGCCAUUCAUGUCAUUAGCUGUGGCUACGAAGACAAAACAGAGUGGGGUCUUGAGUUGGGUUGGAUUUAUGGCUCAAUUACGGAGGAUAUCCUAACAGGAUUCAAGAUGCACUGUCGUGGUUGGAGGUCUAUCUAUUGCAUGCCAAAGAGGCCCGCAUUUAAAGGGUCUGCUCCUAUCAACCUUUCGGAUAGGCUUAACCAGGUGCUUCGUUGGGCCCUUGGUUCUGUCGAGAUCUUCUUUAGUCGGCACAGCCCUUUAUGGUAUGGGUACAAAGGAGGCAAAUUGAGGUUUCUUGAACGUUUUGCUUAUGUCAACACUACUGUCUAUCCAUUCACCUCCCUACCACUACUUGCAUACUGUAUUCUUCCAGCCAUCUGCCUGCUCACUGGAAAAUUCAUCAUGCCAACGAUAAGCACAUUUGCAAGUCUUUUCUACCUUGGACUCUUCCUGUCCAUCUUUGCCACGGGUAUCCUAGAGCUCAAGUGGAGUGGAGUUAGCAUCGAAGAAUGGUGGAGAAACGAGCAGUUUUGGGUCAUUGGUGGAGUGUCAGCACACCUUUUUGCAGUCAUACAAGGGCUGCUCAAAAUUCUGGCAGGCAUUGACACAAACUUUACUGUUACAUCUAAGACAGUCGACGAUGAGGAUGAAUUUUCUGAUCUAUACGCCUUUAAGUGGACGACCCUUCUCAUUCCUCCAACCACAAUCUUAAUCAUCAACUUAUUAGGCGUUGUAGCUGGAAUCUCUGAUGCCAUAAAUAAUGGCUAUCAAUCAUGGGGACCUCUCUUUGGGAAGCUUUUCUUUGCCUUUUGGGUGAUUGUCCAUCUUUAUCCAUUCCUUAAAGGUCUCAUGGGAAGGCAAAACAGGACACCAACCAUUGUUAUUAUAUGGUCAAUUCUAUUGGCCUCUAUUUUCUCCUUACUUUGGGUGAGGAUUGACCCAUUUGUGAUAAAAACAAAGGGUCCUGACACUAAAGCCUGUGGAAUCAAUUGCUAAUCAAGUUGUAGUUUACGUAACUGCGCGCCAUUGCACCGUAGACAAUGGGUAGUGUAUUAAUUGGCUUAUGUAGUACCAAAGAUUUUUGUCAGCAAAAUGGUGUGUAAAUUUUAGUUUUUGUUCUUUCUUGUUGAGAGGAA